ACCCACUCCACAAAAUCUUUACCCGCGCCGACCUCGCUGUCUUUCCGACCGGCAACCCGCAGAGAAGCACUCGCUGCAUUUACGCUCACCCCGACGCACCUCCGCUGAUGCCAUUCCCCGCCGCUCGACCGCUGCUGAGCCUGACGCCCCGUCCUGUCGACUCUAGCAGAUAGCUCGUGCUCUGGCACCGAAACCUUGCCCACAUCGCUUGUUCGCCCUCGAUUCCCCGCCCUAAGGGGCGCAGCUCGCCAUGGACGGCCCUCCGCCGCCGCCGCCUCCCCACGGCGAGAAUCCGAAAACGACAGGCGGAUCGCACGGCACUGCGGGGACAGGCGGCCUGCCACCGGGCAACUAUGACAUCUUCAUCAUACCCCCGCACUCGGCCGGUGGAGGCUUCGUGUACCUGCCCAGUCUGCAAGUCCAGCGAAACAGCUUCAUGGCCGGCGUGGCGAGCACCAUUGCCAGCAUAGCCGUGUGGAAGAUGAUGGAGCCAACCGUGAAGCAAUGGUUCUUCAUCGUCACUCAGAAUGUAAGCGCUGGCGCUGGCGGUAACAACGUCCUGCUCCUCGUCAUCGCAAUGGGCAUUGCUGGCUGGGCCUUUGGCAAGUCGCAGACCCCUGGCGGCUUCUCGGGCGCUUUUGGUGGCGGUCCUGGUCCCGGAGGAGCUGGGGCAUCUGGAGCAUCUGGAGCAGGCUAUGAACGUGCCCCACCACCGCCCCCGCGUGGUGGCUAUCCCAAUGGGAGUGCCCCGCCGCCUCGAGGCUCCGGUGCCGGCUGGUCUGGACAACACCAGCAACGUGGCGCUCAGUCGCCACCGCCUGAGGACGACGACUUCUGGGCCGAUGAUGCCGACGAGGAGAAGACCCGUGAAGAAGCACGCAAGAAGAAGAAGCAGGAGGAGGAGGAGCAGAACAAGAAAAAGGAAGAAGCGCGCAAAAAGGCCGAGGAGGAGCGGAAACGGGCCGAAGACGCGGAGAAGAAAAAGGAAGCAGAACGCAAAGAGGCAGAGCGCAAGGAGGCGGAACGGAAGAAAGAAGAGGAGCGGAAGGAAGCCGAGAAGCGACGAGAGGCUGAACGGGUGGAAGCUGAGCGGCGCAAAGAAGAGGAACGGAAGGCAAAGGAGGAGGCUGACCGACUCGCACGAGCCAAGGCGGAGAAGGAGAAGUGGGAGAAGAUGCGCGCUCGAGAGAAAGAGCAGCGCGAGCGUGAAGCCCGCGUACGUUUGGCAAAGGAGCGUGAGCAGAAGGAGAAGGCCGCCAGAGAGAAAGCGGAGCAGGAGAAGCAGGCCAAGGAAGCCGCAGAACGCGCCAAGAUCGAGCAGGAGAUCCGCGAGAAGCUCGCGGCAGAGCAGAAGGCCAAAGCUGAGGAGGAGGCCCAGAAAAAGGCCGCCGAGGAAGCGGCUGCCCAGGAAGCCGCCAAAGCCAAAGCCAAAGCGGAUGCAGAACGAAGCGAACGGUUGAAAGCUGCCCGAGAACGUGCCGUGCGCGACCGAGAAGCUCGUCUCAAAGCCGAGGCUGAAAAGAUCAAAGCACAGGAAGCGGCCGCCACAGCUCAAUCCUCAGCUGGUCGACGGUCCACCACAUAUGGUGGCAUUGGCGGUGGUGAACGCCUCGACCCAUAUGCCGGCGCUAGGAGUCCACCGGCCCCGUCCGUCACCUCGACACACUCCUCGCCUAUCAAGGCCACCGUCACACCGAAGAAGAACUACGAGAAGCCAUCAGCGAAGUCUUACAUCGGCGACGAAAGUGAGCAUUCUUUCCGUCCUUACGACACUGCUAGGCCACCGAAGCCGCCUUCGCAUGCAUCUUCAUACACUGCGUCCAGCUACGCCCCGUCGCAAUCAACCGCAGCGUCUACGGCACCUCCGAGCCAACGCGGGCCGUACUCAACCAACGACCCCGACAAGAUCCAGAUCAAGGCUGUCUAUCUCUUCAACGAUCUCUUUCCGAAGCCGGUCGCGCAACUCGUGUCGAAUGUGGGUAAAGUAACCGAUGGCCUAAUCCUGAAAAUCCAGACCGAGGGCUUGUUCAUCGACGACGAUGUCCGCGGCAUACCACAGCGCGAGUGGGAUGUCAAGGCGUGGACGCUGAAGCUGGUCGAGACUGGCCAACAAGCCUCCAAACAUCUCUACAUCCUGCGCGCGUGCGUCCGCGACGGCGAUGGAAAGAAGUACGUUUUCCUAAUCGAUGAAUCCGAGAGCUGGAAGGUGUCGAUUGGCUUGCAGCGACUGCGCAAGGGGUCGCAGGUGCGCUCGCUGGCAAACAAUACGAUGACGCCGAGUGAGGUAACCAGGGUGCUGAACUCGGUUCCGCCGCUCGCAUAAAGCACGAUGCAAAGUGGUGUUGUUGAAAAUGAGUGUUGACGCGGAUAGCCGAGGAAUGUUGGCAGGACGUUGGUGGCAUGUGUGGAGAUUCCCCCUUUGAGCGCGCGCAGUUGAUUGGUGUUGAGAUAUCCCCUUUUGAUUCAUAUCGUUUCUAGCACGUUCUUUGCUUGCAUCGCGAAGGCAUCAGCGACGGAGUCUAGUCUGCGAGUUCUUUUGCGCGCUGGGUACUGUGUAUAUGGCAUAGGGUCGCAUCGUGGGCGGCUGUACAUAGGGAGGGAAGGCUAGAGAGGGUGUG